AUGGAGGUGAAAAUUGGACAGACCAUCGAUCAGACGUUAGAUCAACUAUUGAGAAGAUUAUCUUGUCGAAGAGUCCUCAUCAAGGUCGUGACUUAUCUAUUGGACGAAAUUCGAGAAUGUCAAAAGUGUAUCAACUCUCUUGAUAGAGGGAAGAACGUGACGAAAGAGUCAAAUCUUAUACCUCAUUCACAGAAUUUGCCAAUUGACGAAUGUUGGGAAUCAUCAUCUACAAGGAAUGGAAAAGGAGAUGGAGAUGAUCAUGAUAACGUAUGUUCCCCGACUGAGACCAGAAGAGCGGGGAGAUCAAAAGCUACAAUGAACAUUCCUCCCAAAGAUGAGGAAGAUUAUCGAGAUACACAGAUGAACAAUGAGAAGAAAAGUUCAAAUGAAAUAGACGGUCAAAAUUUCGCAACUCUCAAUCAAAUACUUUCAGCCAGUUUAAACUUUGGAAAUAAACGUAAACGUCCUCAAGAACAUUACGAAGGAAUACCCAUUUCUAUCAUUCUUUCUUCUUCUCUUUCCACACCCUCCAUCCAUCCUGAGAAUCAUAGAGGAAGAAAGAUAGCUUCUUCCCGUCGAGUGAAUCUUUUUGGUAAUCUUAGAAUCACCGAAAGACCUGAUGAAGAGAUGAGAGAGGAAAUUUUGAAUGAGAAUAACGAACCACAUGGUGAUGAUGAUAAUGACGGUGACGAUGAAGAGGAUGAGGAUGAGGAUGAAGACGAUCUAGUCAUCUUGAUUUAA